CCCGUUUUUCGAGGCAAAGACCUCCUUGCUAGAGAGCAAGGUUCGAUAGCUCCUUCACCAUUAUCAAAAUGGUCACCCGCAGCCAUUAGACUUGGAGUUCCGAACAAUUCUCAUCAAUCGGCAUCGAACACGUAUGGAAAAAGAAAUAUUGCAAGACCUACUGAAAAACCAGCGAGAUCUAUUUACGGACGCCGCCCGAAAGAAGCUCAAUGGUAAUAUAAAUCCAAGUUAUCAAGCCAUAUUUGAUGGUCUAAGCAAUAGCAAUACAAACGGCAAAUCCAUCUUGGCUGAAUUUGGUACCUCAAAGUCUUUGGCAGUCGGCGACCGACCACUCGGGGUCUUAUUAUGGACACCAUCGUCUUCUACCCAAUCUUCUGUGGCACCAGGUAGUAAUAUACUCGAUAAAGCAGACCCAAGAACGUCAAGCAGCGGUAUUUUCGGAACCACAACUCCGAAGGCAUCAAGUGGUACCGUGUUCUCAACGGCAGACCCGAAAACAUCCGGCGGUAGUCUCCUCGUCGAGGUCAACAAUUCAAUAACGUCAAGUGGUGGCUUAUUUUCGAACACAGGUUCGAAAUGAUUAAGUAGUGAUUGCUUUUGUUCUCAAAUCCUUUGUAGUAUACGCAGAUCCUGACCUCGGUAGUUGGGUAAUGCUUGAAGAUGUGAUCAAGAUAAAAUGUUGUGGAGUGAUGCUGACAGUGGCUGCACUGCCAGUGAAGACAAUGUGCGCAAUGCCACUUCCGAGGGCGCAAGCGAUCAAGUCUGCGAGCUUGAUUGGGUGUCGUUGGUGACAUAUCAGAUAAGAAGGCUGCCCGUGUCCUCGGUCGCCAUCUCACUUGUUAAUUCGGUGAUGCAUAUAUGAGAAGAUGUCGUCGACACAUAGCAAGUUU